ACCCUGGAACAGAUAAUCCUCACUAUUACACCCUUUUCUACUAAAACCGCGUCUAUAUACAGAAGACCUCUAACUUAAAGGAUAGGAUGAGCCAACUAUCGGGUUUAAACUCGAUUAAGAUCGGGAUAGACUUUGGAACCACAUAUUCCGGUAUAGCUUGGGUAAUUCAGCCCUCUCCCUCAACAUUCCUGUGGUUUUCUAAUCUCUGAAAUUUAUACCCUAGGCGCACACCUCCACUCCUGAAAAGAUCAAUGUCAUUGAUAGAUGGGUCGCUUCGGUAAUUUUGAAUGUUUAAUCCUCCAUUGCGUUCUAAAGCCUUACGUGUUUAUAGAGAAAGAGGACAUCUGGAAAAGUACCUAGCGAGAUAGCGUACACGAAGUCUGGUGUGAAAUGGGGAUUUGGAAUCCCCAACAAAGAGUCGAGACUCUCCUGGUUUAAGCUUCUCCUGGAUCCCACGAAAUAUUCUCUUGCGAACGCCAAAAAUUCACCUUUAGCCCGGACAAAGGAGUUGAUACCUGAUGGGAAGAAGCCAGUUGAUGUUGUGACUGAUUACAUGUCCGAAUUAUACAAGCGCACGAUCGAACACCUGGAGGGCGCCCUUGGACCAGAGAUAGUUGAAGUCUCACCCCUUGAUUUUGUUAUCACAGUUCCUGCGGUAACGUAUCCAUUGUCUUAAUAACUUGUAGCUUCCGUCAAGCUUAUAUAUCCCAUAGGUGUGGAGCGACGCUGCAAAGAACCUAACCCUCCAAGCAGCCGAACGUGCAGGGUUCGGAAGGAAAAAAUCAAUUCGUUUGAUUUCAGAGCCGGAAGCAGCUGCAGUCUGUUGCUUGAAAGAAAUCGAGCCUAACGACCUCAAGGUAACCCUCGCAUACAGAUGGAACUUACUUUUUUUUGGCCAACAUCAAAAUUUGUUAGGUUGGUGAUACUUUCAUCGUCGCGGAUUGCGGGGGCGGGACAGUGGUAAGACUUUUUUCAUUUUUUUCAGUGAGAGCUGCGAGGAUAUGGCGGGAGGGCAGCUCACGGAAAGCAGGACGUCAUAUCUUAUACCAUCACAAGAAAAUCUCCCAAGUUAGAGGUAGUAGAGUGUGUUGAAGGUACUGGGGCGAUGUGCGGGUCAACAGUCCUCAACGAACGUUUCGAACAAUUGGUUAGAGAUCGUAUCGGCAGCAGGUCAGUACCGGAAUCAUCUCCUUUUAGAUCAUGUGGGUAACGGGGCUUUCCAGAUUUGACAAGAUGAAGCCCGAGGGAAGAGCGUUUAUGAUGAAUGAGUUUAACGAUACUUUGAAACGAAACUUUACCGAUUCUGAAGAUGAGGAUAUUUCCACAUGCCCCAUUCCCGGUAUAGCAGAUGACAGCACGGCAGGUAUUGAGGAUGGAAUGUUUGUGAUAGAAAGGGAGGAGAUGAGGAAAAUAUUUGAUCCUGUAGUGCAGAAGGUUGUUCAGUUGGUACAACAACAGGUGAAUGAAGUCGAGAAAUUGAAGGUAUGAGAUGGGACUGAACUUUUAUGGGCCAUUGCAACUGAUGCUUCACCCAUAGUCGAAUCUUUCAUCAGAGGAUAUAGAAUGGUUACGCCUCGGAAUACCUUCCCAGAAUAUUGUUUCUCGCCACAGGCGCCACGUCAAAGCCUUAAUCCUUGUCGGGGGAUUCGGGGAAUCCGAAUAUCUACGCAACCGCCUCCAGGCGGAAGUCAGGAUAAAUGAUGACAGGAAAAUAUCAAUUCUCCAGCCAGUUAACGCGUAAGUUGACUUGAUGAAGUGUUUCCUUCUCCACACUCUUCAAAGCUAAUGGAUGGCAGUUGGACCGCCGUCGUUCGAGGUGCGGUGAUGAGAGGGCUCGAGGGAGAAAUGGUCCGUACUCGUAAGGUUACAAAAAGCUACGGCAACGCAUGCAGCGUGCCGUUCAUAAUGGGGGUUCAUUCCCCUCUGGACGCUUAUGUCGACCCCCACGAUGGAGGGUACAUGUGUAGGAAACGCAUGCGGUGGUACAUCACCAAGGUAGAACCUAUACUACCAGCUAUUCUUUCCUCUAUGGCAUGGUAACAUGGUUUAGGGUGAUGAUGUUCAAGAGAAUGAUCCCGUUAGAUACGCUUUUUUUGUUAAUCGCACUUCACUUGACGACAUCAGUGAUUCAAUAAAAAUACCGCUCUUAUCAAGCGAUGCCCCUGACCCCCCGGACUCUAGUAACUCGGGUUGUAAGUCAUCCAGACCACACCCCACGGGAUUCACAACCCAUGCUGACCCUCCUUGCAGGUGUAUCCCAAGUUUGCGUCCUCGAAGUGGAUCCCAGCGUGAUCCCAAAAGAGAAGUUUACGAAGAAAAUCGGACUGGACGGCCACCCGUACUAUAGGAUCAGAUUCGACCUAUUGAUGAAAAUUCAAUCGGCUACUCUAGUUUUUGAGUUCGAAAUUGAUGGGACUAAAUAUCAGGAUGUUAAGGCGAAUUAUUAUCAUCUCUAAGGAGGAGGUGGUAUGCUCGUUUUUUAUUUGUUUUCGCGCUAAAUAUGUUACUUUUGACAUGAAACCUGGAAGUGACCUGAAACAAUUAA